GAUUGUGCCGUGCCGUACCGUACCCUGCUUGCCGGCCCCGCCUCGCUGGCUUCCGAGCGCUUCCAAGCAACUCGGCAGCGGCAUCCGUGCAAGCAACGGGACCGGCGAAAGGAUUGCAAUGAUCCCCGCGAGGAACAACUGUUACAACAGCCGCCGGAGGCUCCGACCGCUCCUUUCCUUCCGGUCGUGCUCCUCCUUUCUCCCCCGCCACCCUUUUGCGCAAGCCUCCCUCGGUCUUGAUGCCAGAGUGGGGUCCCACGGAAGAUCCGUCGGUGCGAAAUUCGGCCACCGAACGAACAAUCACAAACACAAGCACAAACACGGUGCCACACGGAACAACACCUGCAACAGAAAUUUUGGGGGAAACGACAGCAACAACAGCUACUGCGGCAACAAUGGACAUCGUUGCUACGUCCGUGCCGGUGGUUGCCGGUUCGACGGCAAUAGCGAUUGCCACCGGGGACUUUCUCUUCCCCUGCUUUUCGCACCAAAAGCACCAAAACCCCGGACCCAAUGGCAAUCGCUGCAGCAGCGGUUCUUUCGAUCCACUCCGAGCCAGGACCAGAACCAAAACCAAAACCAAAAGAACCGGCGCGGCGGACCACAUCGGGAGGAGGAACCAGACCCCCUCGGUCCCCUGGGCCGGAGGGUCCUGACCGAGGAGCUCCUGGGGAGGACGCUGGGGGGAUCGGCCGGCAGCGGCUACGGCGCAAGGCUCUCGGGCCUCCAUGGCCUCAUCGGCCCCUGCGUUGCCCCCGGGCCCACCCCCAAGCUGGUCUGGCACAGGGCCUGCGACCGCUUCGGCUUCGACCUCCCCCAGUACCGCACCAAGGCCGUUGCGGCUCCCGUUGGGGGGCCCGGCCUCUUUGUGGCGACGGCAGUGACCAUGGUGGAGAAGACGGCUUCCGGUGGCGGUGGUCUUUCUCUCGCCGAUCGGGGCCACGGCUGCCACCCUUGCCUGUACGAGAGGCUCGGAGGCCACGACCACGUCGGCGUCCACCCCCGCUUCGACUGGAUCGAGAUGGUCUCGGUGGGGAUCGCCCCCUCCAAGGCCAAGGCCGAAAGCCUCGCGGCCCUCGACCAGAUCGUCCUGUGGGAGGAGGCGACGGGGAUCGACCUCACCCUCCCCUUUGGGGCCUGGCCGGGGUGGGACGGGAACCAAAGGCCCGCUCAAGAGGCCCCCGGUGGGCGGGGACAAGAGGAAGGGGCCGACCAAGACGACGGGCACCGCUUUCGGUACGAGAGGGUCCGGAACCUGCUGGAGCUGGCGGGCUGUUCCAGGAUCCAGUACGACCACGAGCAAUUCCUCUGGGAGGCCCCCUGGGCCGGAGGCGCUUCCGGGAGGGGCCGGAGGCGCCGCAGGGCUUCUUCGGGUGCCCAGCCGCAGCGCUUCUGGACGGCCGACGCCGAAACCUGGUUCGGGGGCAGGUGGUACUUUUCCGAGAGCGAACCCCUCAAGCAGUGGCGAUCUCCCACCAAGGCCGCCGCGGAGCAGCGGGCCCUGGUGGCCCUCCUCGACCAGAACGAGGACAGCCCCCUCGCGGAAGCGGCAAGGUCCCUCGGGCCGCUCCUGGACGCCUCCCCGUCCGGGAGGGUGGUGCCCCUGCGCGUCCGGGGGCUCUCCGGUCCCCUGCUAAAAGCCCUGAGGGAGUCGGUCUUUCCCGGGAGGGAGKAGGCUUCCGCCGCGGAAAGGGAGCACGCAUCGCGCAAGCGGAUCCACAAGCGCCUCCUCGAGAAGCAAAGGUCGGGGCCGGGGAACAAGGGGAUGCGAUGGGAGGGCCCCCCGCUCUCCGGAGGGAGCGGCGACGAUAACGACCACGAUAACGAUCAAGACCACGACGAGUCUGGAGGCACCGGCUCCCACGCCGAUCGACCGAGCGGCGAAAGGAAACACAAAGGUGUGGAGGAUCCGCUCCCGCAGCUCCACUCAUCGGCACUCGAUCGGGAUCUCUGGGAGACGGAACGGGCGAACCUAGAGCACCACGCCCAAGACAACCCCGGAGCCUUCGAGGAACUAAGGGAGGCCCGGAACAAGCUGCCCGUGCGGGCCAUUCGCGCCGACCUCCUGGACGCCCUCCGCUUGCAAAGGGUGGUCGUUGUGUCGGGGGGCACCGGGUCCGGAAAGUCCACCCAGUGCCCGCAGUACAUCCUGGAGGACGCCCUCGCCAGCGGGAGGGGGUCCUCCACCCGGAUCGUCGUCACGCAGCCCCGCCGCAUGGCCGCGGUGAGCCUCUGCGAGCGCGUCUCCAGAGAGCGGUUCGACGCCAGCGAGACCACCGGGAAGGACCUCCGCUCGGUCGGGUAUGCCGUCCGCUUCCGGUCCAGGCCGCCCCGUUCCGGGGGCGGGAGCAUCGAGUUUGUGACCACGGGCGUCCUGCUGCGGCGGCUGAUGGCGGCUUGCGGCGGGGGCCUGGAGGGAAUCUCGCACGUGGUGAUCGACGAGGUCCACGAGCGCGACACCAACACGGAUUUCUUGCUCGUUCUCCUGAGAGACCUCCUGGAAGAACGGCCCGACCUAAGGAUCGUGCUCAUGUCGGCCACGCUGGAUGCCCGGUCCUUUGCCGACUAUUUUUCGUCGCGGAACUACGGCGAACGAAGCAGCAGCAGCGGCGACGGCGGCGGUGUUUCGUCGAAAGGUGGAAGGAGCAGCCUCCUCGAUCCUUCGUCUUCCGUCCCUAUCCUGAGCAUCCCCUCCCAAACCCGACAUCCCGUGGAUCUUUUCUAUCUCGAAGACCUAAUUGGAUGUGGGGCUCGCUAUUCACCGCGGAUGAACGCCCUGGCAAAAAGCUUGUUACAGCACAAGGAAGAGUCGCUCCGGCAAGAACUGGAAAAACUGAACAUGCAACAGCAUGGCACCAAAAUGGGAAGUGGUGGACAUGCCAAUGGCAGUUCCAAUGACGAAGAAAAGGAGCAAAGAGCCAAUCGAAUCGCUGCGCUAGAACUGGCAUUGCAGCAUAACAACUCUUCCGAGGAAUCUUCCCUCUCUUUCAACAGGAGCCUUUCUAAGGACAACAAGAAUUUUGAUUUCAGCGCUACAAUGACCAGUCUUGUUUCCGAAAUGGCCCUCCACCUCUGCAUGGCCGAAACAAACGCCAAUCGCGGGGGAAGCAUCUUGUGUUUUUUGCCCGGCAUGGACGAGAUCAAAAACUGCAUGGCAGAGAUCGAUGACCACUGUCCGUGUCCCAAACUACGCAGCAAAAUAUCCAUCCUUCCGCUGCAUUCAAAGCUUCCGUAUGACGACCAACAAAGGAUCUUUGAUCCCGUGAAACCGGGAACGAUCAAAUUAAUUUUGUCAACCAACAUUGCAGAGUCUUCUGUGACUAUCGACGACGUGCUGGCCGUGAUCGACAGCGGUUUGGUCAAAGAAAUGGCCUUUGACGCUUGCUCGGCCAUGAACUCUUUGCAAACCAACCAAACCUCCAAGGCCUCCGCCACGCAACGGAUGGGCCGUGCGGGUCGAGUAGCUCCGGGGACAUGCUAUCGACUGUACUCGCGGGGAGAUUUCGAGGCCAUGGAAGAGCGAGCGACCCCUGAGAUCAAAAGGGCUGCCCUCGAAUCUAUCUGCCUCCAGACUUGUUCGACAAUGGAAACCACGCGGGGAUUCUCCAACGUGCAAGACUUUUUGGCCCGUGCCAUGGAUCCUCCCGACGCUGUCUCGGUUGCCUUGGCCGUAGACCGUCUCAAAAAGAUCGGUGGGAUCACGACGGUUGCUGGCAGCGGAGACGGAAUCGAGCGGGAACACCUCACCCCCUUGGGACAGUUUCUCGCUCGAUUGCCGCUGGAUCCAGCCACGGGCAAAAUGCUGGUCAUGGGUGUGGUCAUGAAAUGCCUCGGCCCCUUGCUGACGGCCGCAUCUUGCCUCAGCGGCCGGAGUCCCUUUUACGACCCACCCGGUGAGCGAAAGGAAAGCAAGAAAAUUCGACAGUGGUUCAGCGAUGACUCUGACAUUAUGGCAUCGGUGCGAGCCUAUGAUUCGUUUUGGCAAAAAGUAUCGGAAGAUGGUUGGAAGAAUGCCAGGGAAUGGGCAUAUUGUCACUAUGUUAGCGUGCCCGCCAUGAUAGCCAUCAGAGAAGUUCGGUUGCAACUCUUGAACGAAUUGCGCAAGGCUGGGUUGGUCCCCAAGGGUGACAUUAUCACUGGCAGCAGCAGCAGCAGAGGGAGUAGCAGAAACCAACGCGUAUCGAGCCGGGGUGAUCUAUCUCCGAAAGCUACGGUGAAUGAACAUUCCAGCUGCGAGAUGCUCACCAGCGCCGUUUGGUGCACGGCUUUUCCCGAAAACCUUGCCUCGCGCAGACGGCUAGGUCACUUUGGCGUGAUUCGCACCAAACACGAGGACAAUGCCAGUUUGCACCCUUCAUCGGUCCUUUACCACCGCGACCAACCUGAAAACGGAAUGUCGUUGCCAUCAGACUGGUAUCUAUACAGCGAAAAAAUUCUUACGUCACAGGUCUAUGUUAGGGGAUGUACUGUUCUUGCCCCCGAGCAAAUACUCUUGUUCGGAGGAUAUGAUCUGGCACAGCAUGGCAAUAGCGACAAUUUUGACGACAAUCGACGAAACAACGACUACCAACAUCGAAUUCGUGGAGUCCUAGAUGGUUGGAUUGCCGUAGACGGGGGGAAAUCUGACGAGACGGUGAAUCUGUUACUACAAACCCGAGAAAAUAUUGAAAUGAUUUUUGAGCGACGGAUUAUGUAUCCAAAGAAACGAAAGUAUAGGGGGAAAGACGGCUUGGAGUCAAGUCGAGCUGUUGAAGAUUGGGAUAGAGACGAGAGAAACCACGACGAUAGGAUCAUAGCUGGCGUUCGUGAUAUGUUCGAAAGCCUGACUCGCAACGAGAACAGCAGGAUAUACGAAAAAGAAGUGGAUCCACCGGAUGAUUUCCACGAUUAUUUCUUAGAUAAAUGAUAAAAAACUAGACGGUACUCGUGCAUGAUUCAUAUAGCAAUUCAUAGCAAUAGUUUGGAUGAACUUCAGAUUAAAUUGCUUCGAGUGAA